AUGAUCUUCCUGUCCCCCAAUCCCAUCCCAUCCCCAGCAUCCCCCAACCAAGAAUUUUUAAAACAUGAGAAUAUAGAACCACCUCAAUCUAUGGGAGUAAACAAGGAAGAUGUUUUUUUUCCUGGAGAGAAACAGCCUGAAACUCCUGAGAUCACCAAGUCCUUCAAAGAGAGAACUCUUGAGUCUUUCACAGACAAGAAAGUUAGUUAUCGGGAAACUGCUUGUUCCUCAAAGGAAGACAAGAAGGAAUGCAACACACCAAAGUUCACAUCGCCACUAUGAGUUGAGAAUGUUGAAUAUGAAUUUCCAACAACUAUUGAGUAUUUACAGGAUGGACAGAGAUACGAGCAGCCAGAUGAUUCUUUAUACUUAGGAAAAGAGGACUAUCUGGAAUCUGUUGGAUACUCUGAAGAUGCAGAAACCACUGUGGAAGAGGAGGAUUCUGAUGACCCAGAGUGCGUUAUGUAUGAUGGCAAAGAGGACUCUGUGUAUUCAGAAACCACGGAGUUCUCUGAUGAAGAACAGAAUGAUGAGGAUUCAGAAGCUGGCAUGUCAUUGGAGGAGGAAGAGGAGAAAAGACUGGAAGAAAGGAAAAAAGUGUUUAAAGAUGUCCUGUCCUGUUUGAACCUGGUUAGGAGCAGAAAGCUUCUGCCAGAUUUCAUUAAGCAGUUCUCCUUAGACUGAGGAUGUGGGUGGAUGCCUGAAACUCCAGGUGACUUAGCCUGGAAUUUCCUGAUGAAAGUUCAAGCCCUGGAUGUGACAGCCUGAGAUUCAAUCCUCAGGCAGAAGGUUCUGGGUGAGAAUGGCAAAGGGGAAUUGCUGACUGGAUCAGAGGAUUUGGAAAUUAGAGAAAUGGAAACCAUUAAUCCCCUUGAUGUCCUCUGUGCCUCUCUGCUGUGUUCAGACAGCUCUUUGCAGUGCGAGAUCAUGUCAAACAUGUAUCAAUGCUAGUUUGCUCUUCCCCUGCUACUGCCAGAUGCAGAAAACAACAGAACCAUUUUCAUGCUGGGUGCCAUGAAGGACAUUGUGAAGGAGCAGUCAGCAAGGGAUACAGAAAAGUUUCUGACUGUCAUGAAGUUGCCUGUCAUCUCUUUUGUGCAUCUAGGAUACUGUAGCUUCUCCAAGUCCAAAAUCCUCAACACACUGCUCAGCCCUGCCCACUUGAAAUCACACGAAAUCUUUCUCCAUCAGGAUUUGCCUUUUCUGGUGCUUCCCCGGCAGAUCUCUGAUGGCCUGGUUGGGAUAACCUGGUGUUUUCCUGAUAGCGACAGUCUGAAGGAAAACCCCAGUUUCUUCCAGAAGCCUGUUGCUGCGGCCAACCUUCUUGGAGAUCUAGAAAGUUUUUGGACACAGUUUGGUUUCUUGAUGGAAGUUUCCUCAGCUGUUUUUUUUUUCACUGACUGCCUAGAUGAGAAGGAAUGGGACUUGCUAAUGUUUUUAGGAGAAGCUGCGAUUGAAAGAUUAUAUUUUGUCCUCAGUCCCCAUCGGGCUAGUGAAGAGGCUCAGAUUUUCCACAGGAUCCUGAAGUUGAAGCCAUCACAGCUACUGUUUUGGGAGGAGGAGGAAGCUGGGGAGAGAGGGAAGAACAUGGAGGGCCUUCACGCUGCCCUCCAGGAAGUGAUGUCCUGUUUACUCAGAUAUGUGUCUGUGGAGGAUAUGGCCUUCCUGGCCAGGGAGUUGGGAAUACAGGUAGACCAAGACUUUGAGAACAUUCUGGGAAAUCAAGUUUCCCCUGGUGAAAACUUGGCUGGAACAGCUGAAGAUGAGGGACAACAAAGACACAGUCCCAAAAACUCAUCUGAAAGCCCCAAUGAGAUGUCUGUAAGAGAGCCUGGGGCUGUAUGUGAGAUCAGCCAGAAUAUUCAGAAUUUCCAUCUUACCUCAGUAUUCAUGCCUUAUCUGAAAAACUCCCACCCUUUACCAACCAGAAUUGGAGGUUACUUUAACCAUGCUUCUUUGAAAGCCCCCUGGAUUAUGGGCUCCCACUUUUGGUCAGAGCAGAGAUCUAAGUGGUUCCAUCCUUUGCCCUUUCAGAAUACAGGGGCCCACAGUCCAAGGAAAAGUUUGGGGAUUUAAUACUUCCAACCGCAGAGAUUUUAUUCUGGUGAAAGAUUUAUGAAAUUUUCGAGAACUGCACAGGGACGUCAUGUGAAUAGGACUUUUGGGACACCAAGACCCAUUUCUCAACAUGUACAGGCCUGGCCCAAGAGACCACAGACAAUGGGAGCCCUUGAAAGGUCUGGGGCAUUGGUCUCCCAGGUAGGUCAUCUCCAUUCUCUGGGUUUGCAGCCAGCAGGAGCAGUUGGAAAGUCACAGCCUAGGCAAGCCUGUGCCUGGGGAACACAGCCAACUGAGGCAACUGGAAAAUUUAUAAGAACAACAUCCCAUAUUAAAAAUCCUCACCCUCAAGCCUUUCGACCAGCAGGAGCCAAACAAAAACCCAUAACUGCCUCUCAGCAAGGAGCCAAGCUGAAGACAUAAGGUGGGCCUUCAAAUCCAUCUUUCCAAAUGGGAUUCCAUCCCAUGUCCAAAAGCGCAUUUUUGCCCAGCUCUCAGUUCAAAUCCAAUCAACCCAGGUUAUCCCAGGUCAAGCACUCCCAGCAAAACCCCUACCAAUCUGUGUUCUCUCAACCCAAACCCACUCAGACAAGACCCCCUCAGCCCCGGCCAACCCAAACUGAAUGUUCUCCAUCCACUCAGCCCAAGCCAUCCAAGUCGCAGUCCUCCCCAGGUGAGACUUCUCAGCCCAGACCCACUCAACGCAAGUCAUCUAAGACCAGUCCCUCACCGGCUCAGGCUUACUACCCAAGAGCAGGGCCCAAGAGGGUAGGGAAGCAUUAAAGUGCUUACUCUAGAGACCUAUGAAGUGUAUCCGUUGCCCAGUCCUUGCCUGUCGUAUAUAUAGUCACUUGAAGAAGAGUGGCAGCGAUGGUAAGAGAGUACUAUCAUUAGCUUGACACAGAAAACAAGAUCUGCACAGCCUGAUUGGAUAUCACAAAAGUAUCUGUAAGAAUUGUGUCCCUACAAAAGAGGAAAGCUAUGAAAAGAAUAAAGAGUACAAUCAAGCAGUAAAUAAAUGAAUUGAAUCCAACCUUGAAUAUUAGGUAAUAUAUACCCUGAACCCUGGGAAUGGGGGCUGUAAGACAGUAUCACUUGGAAAGAGUAGGGAUGAAGCCUCUAAUUGCAAAGUGAACAUAAAGUAGGGUGCACAUUACGUCAGUGUUGCAGGAAAACUUGCCCUAGAUGUUGGCUGCUCUAGAGGUGUCUUGGUUAAAAAUUUUUUAGUUCUAUAUCAGCUACUAAGCAGAUAAACUUGUUUGUGAUAAUAGCACCAAAUCGCACUCAUUUGACCUUUACGUAUAGAAAUAAUGAACUAACAACAAAAUUAAUUAUUUUGCAUUAACUUGA